GACCAGUCAGCGCUCUCUAGCCAAGAAGCUGCUUCUCGCAUGAGGAAAUCAACAUCUACACUGUCCCUAGGCGCCCGAAAUACACACUAACACUGAACUAUAGAAAACGUUAACAUUAUACACCGGAGGACACGUUUGUUCAGAGUCAGUGCUCGGCCCGUGGAGGGUAAACUCUGGUGUUUGUGAGAUGAGGGCACUGACUUUGCAUCAGGCAAAUGUGGCCCAAGGAGAGCCGCACCAUGCUAGAUGUGGAAGGAGUUUGUCUUCCAACUAUGCUCCUCUGGAGAAUAAGCUCUUAGCUCAGACCUCCACACUGAUGCCCCAGCCUUGCCCUCCAAUCUUAAACUCUGCAGCUUGCCCCUCUCUCCAGCCCUCCAGCCUGUCUUCCACCUCCUCGUCCCUUCUCUCUACCUCUUCCUUCUCACCUGCCCUCACCUCUCCUCUCCUCAGCACCGAAAACAAGCUCCUAAAUAGCCAUUCACCUCAUCUCUCUUUUUCCCUGACUUCCUCUACAUCUGUACCCAACGACUCUCUGCUUUGCACAUCCCUGGCCAGCAGUGCUCUGCUCAGUCAUUUUGCUCAUCCCCCUUCAGUCCUCCAACAUGCUCUGGGUGGUGAACAGAAGAGGGAUGUUGGAGGAGACGAAGGCAGAGAGGAAACAAUUGAAGUGAUGCAGUCCUCUUUUGAAGAAAUAAGUGUGACACAUUCUGAGGAAGAUGACGUUUUGCCCGAAGAGGAGAUGGAGGUGGAGGAUGAUGACGCUGGGACAGCCAUGAUAUUACCUGUCCUGGAAACAGAAUUGGGCAGCGAGGAUUUCGAACAAGCUCUGGUCAACAGUCAGGAGGAAUUUGCUGAGUUUGAUAGAGGAAAUGAAAAUGUUGAAGAGGAGCUGAAUGAUAAAAAGUAUCUCCUGCUGAAUGAGGUGUGUUGCUCCCUGGUCAAGAAGUGCAAAGCACCAGGCCAGAAAGACUGGGACUCGGAGGACAGUGUUUGGACCAGGAUCACAAAUCUGGCGAAGGACAUCUCUGUCUGUGACCCACAGUUUCUUCUCAAGGUGGCAGUUUACACUCGCCAGGAGUUGAACAUCCGCAUCACAGCAAACUUCUUAUUGGCUCUGGCUGCCAGUCAGCCCUCCACCAAGCCACAUGUCCGCAGAUACUUCUGUGCUGCUGUACAGCUGCCCUCAGACUGGCUGGAAGUAGUCCGAAUCUAUAGUACAUGUUUCAGCCACUCCCUGCCAAUGUGCCUGAAGAAGGCAAUGGCUGACAAGUUCAAGCAGUUCAGCGAGUAUCAGCUGGCCAAAUACAACACACGCAAACAGCGCUGCAAACACAACCGCAACAGGCGCAAUGCCAAGAAACCAACUGAUCAGCAGCUGACCCUGUGGGCGAACUUUCUCAGAACAGAUGCAUCUAUUCUGAAGAAGUUUUUGCAGGUAGAGGGCAGGGAAGUGGUGGAUAAAAAGCAGAGUGAGUUCAGUAUAAAGAAGAUGAUCAAGAGGCUUCACAUUAAAGAACCUGCUGAACAUGUUAUGGCCAUUCUGGGAAAAAAGUAUCCUGCUGACCUGAAGACGUUUACCCGCAGUGGAAUAAAGGGCGUGUGGGACAGGGAGAGAGCCGGGCAGCGAAUGACGCUCAAAGAGCCAGAGACCUGGGAACGGCUGCUCAGCCGGGAGGGCAACAAAGCCGCCACCUGGGAGAAGCUCAUUGACAAUAAGUCUCUUCCAUUCAUGGCCAUGCUGAGGAACCUGAGGAACAUGAUUGUUAAGGGCAUCAGUGAGGCUCAUCACAAGAAGAUCCUCAGCAGACUGACCAAUAAGAAAGCAGUCAUUCAGAGCCGACAGUUUCCCUUCAGAUUCCUCGUGGCCUACAAAGUCAUCAUGGACCUUUACAGUCUGGCCUCAGCCUCAGCCUCAGCGUCAAAGCAAGCACUCCCCCCUGUUAAAGAGAUCCUGAAGGGAAUCCUGAAGAAGGUUCCCAAGAGCAAGCGCUUCAAUUGUCUGGACUGGGGGACGACUUCAAGGAGUAGGAUGAGGGUGACACUUGGAGUGCCGUUUAUCUACCGACAAUACAGAAUGAAGAAGGACCAGCUCCUGAAGGCCAAUAAGAUCCUGUACUCUGUUGCUCUGUUGGACCGUUACCGCAAAGCUCUGGAGACGGCGGUUCAGAUCUCCUGUCGUUACAAUGUGCCCCCGCUUCCCGGACGAACCCUUAUCGUGCUAACUGCUAACUUGAGGCGUUCUCAGUCCUGGAAUGAGAAUAUGGACUUCUGCCUCCCGCCAGAUCUCAAGGAACAAAACAAGGAGGAGGAAGAGGAAGAAGAAGUGUGCACAAGGACAGGGGUGAAGAAGAAGAAUGAGGAGGAGAAUAAGCUCACUGCAUCUAUGUUGGAGGUGGCAGUUCUUCUCUCUCUGAUGAUUGGCAGCAGUGCUGAGGACAGUCAGCUGUGCUUAGCUGAUUGGAGUCACUGCGAAGAAGUCAAGCUGAAGUCUGAUGUUCUCUUGGAUAAUGUCAGGAGUGUGAUGGAGCAAGUAGAGGCAUGUAUAAAUAAGUCAGAUGAUGCUAAGGACUGCAAUUACUUGUCCACAUUGCUCACCAAGAAAAACAAGGUGGACAACAUCAUCACGGUAACUGACUCCUGGAACUAUCAUGAUGUCGAGUACACCAUCAACAACUACAGGAAGGAAAUAAACCACAAAACCCUCUUUGUGAGAAUCCUCUUGUCAGAGAGAAACUCAGAGUACAUCCCUGACAGGAACUGUGUGGAGCUGGCAGGCUUCAGUGAACAAAUACUGAGGUUUGUGGCAGAAAGAGGAUCAUCCAGGCUGCUGGACCAUGUGGAGCAUUUAGACAGACUGCACAACAUCCCACCACCAGAGGGAGCUAAAGGCACUCAGACAACAAACAAAGUUGUCCCAAUACCAGCCAGCCCCAAGUUGAGGUGGCGAGGUGUACGUGUGUUUAUCUCCUCCACCUUCAGAGACAUGCAUGCUGAGCGCGAUAUCUUGGUGCGGAAUGUGUUUCCGGAGCUCCGGCGUCGUGCUGCGUCACGUUGCCUCUACCUGCAGGAGGUGGAGCUGCGUUGGGGAGUGACGGAGGAGGAGUCGGGGCGAGCCACCGAGCUGUGCCUGUCAGAGGUCUGCCGCAGCCAGAUGAUGGUGGGAAUCCUGGGGGAGAGGUACGGCCUGGUGCCUCCCAAACCUGUCCUCCCUGACCUGCCACAGUACAGCUGGCUGGCGUCGGCCCCUGCAGGCCUGUCCAUCACAGAGAUGGAGAUCCGUCAGUUUCAGGCUCUUUUCCCCGACACAGCACACCAGCGAAUGUUCUGCUACUUCAGAGAUCCAAACAUCACCAAAUCAGUUCCGGUGGCUUGGAGAGCUGACUUUGUUCCUGAAUCAAAGGAGGCAGAGUCUAAAAUGGCCUCUCUGAAGAGAAGGAUCCGGGAAAGUGAAGUCAAGGUCACUGAAAAUUACCCAUGUGAGUGGGGAGGCGUUGUGGAGGGGAGACCAUAUCUGAAAAACCUGGACCACUUUGGCAAGGCCGUGCUGGAAGACCUCUGGAUGGCCGUAGUAAAGCAAUUUGUUGAAGAGGACGACGAGGCGGAGGCUGUGUCUGAAGUGACUGAGCAGGAGGUGCACCAGGGGGCGUUGCAGAGGCAGUUCUUCGGCAGGGCAAAGCUGAUGUCCGGGGCUGUCGAGAUAGUGGAGCAGGUCCAGGCCAAAGGAGGGAUGAUGGUGGUAGAGGGAGGACCUGGAGAGGGCAAAACUGUAUUCAUGGCGUCUCUAGCAGACACCCUCAGGACUGGAGUUAAGUCCAGGACAAACCUCGUCUGUGAUGUCAUCUCCUACUCUACAGCUGCGAGCCAGUCGGCACGCUCUGUGGAAAACCUGCUUCGUUGCCUUGUUCAGUGGCUGAGGAAGAUGAAAGAUACUGAGGAGGAAUCACCUCUUCCCCAUUCUUACAAGGAUUUGCUGAUGGAAUUUCACACCAAUUUGAGUGACAUGAAGAAGAAAAACCCUCUGGUGCUGCUGGUUGAUGGGGUGGAUCUGGUACAAGACGGCAGAGGUCAGCUCAGCUCUGAUUGGAUACCACAGCAGCUUCCACAGGGUGUUUGUUUGGUAGUGAGCGUCACAUCCAAAGCAGCACUGUUGCAAACCCUGGCCAAGAAAAGAAGCACUGUCCUGUUUGCCCUGGGACAGCUUACCAUACUGGACCGGAAGGAGAUAGUUCAGAAGGGACUGGACACCUUCGGGAAGAAACUUAGUGACUCUGCAUUCAACAACCAGCUCCAGACGCUGGUAAUGAAGAAGGGAGCAGGGAUUCCUCUCUACCUUCGCCUGGCCUGUGAAGACCUGAGGAACUUUGCCUCCUUUGAUAUGUUGAAGGAGAGCCUGCAGGGCUUGCCUCAGUCUCUGAGCCAGUUGGUGCAGCACAGCCUGGACAGACUCUGCUCGCAGUACAGAGGCAUGCUGGGACUCCGCUGGGCGCUGGCAGCACUCACUGUCAGCACCACUGGCCUGAGGGAGAGAGACUUUUACUCUGUACUGAACACAUGCAAUGACCUAUCCUCACGGGACGGACAGGUCACAUGGCAGCAAGUACUGCAUCACUCCAGGAAGCCCAUAGGACGUAUCCCCAUGGCAACUUUCACCCGUAUAGUGCAGAGUUUACAAAGUCUGGUUGGUCCGUCUCAUUGCCAUGACACUGACGACCUGCUGGCUCUAACCAAUCAGGAGGUGAGGAGUGCCUUUGAGGACUUCCUCCUCCCAGCAGGAAGUGACAGAACCAGAGCUCACCUCGUACUGGCAGCUCAUCUGUGGGCCCUUGCCGACCCGCAGGGCACAGAUAACUUCCUUCACUGUGAGGCCAACUCUGUCAUGCACCUGCCUUCCAGCCUGAUUCAAAGCGGCCAGCUAGAAGCGCUUCAUUCCCUGCUCUCCAGCUACCACUUCCUGUAUGCCAAUGUGCGCCACGGCCUCCUGCACCACCUCCUGGAGACCUACAGCUUAUAUGAUGACAAGCGUACAUCUGCACCAUCGUUUGGUUUCCAGGGUCAUCUAGAAGACUGCAGGAGUUUCCUGCAGCGUCAUGCCCACCUGCUCACCUCCUGGCCUGCUCUUUUCAUUCAGCAGGCCCUCAACGAACCUCCUGAGACCUCUGCUCACACCUGGGCACAAAGCCUGGGGGGGAAAGGAGGGGUCCAGGUAGUUGAGUGGCUAAACAAUGACCAUCGCUUUCUUCGAGAGACUAGCAAGCUGGUGUCAGCCUUCUCCUCUGAACCCACCUGUUUGGUUGUGAGCUUGGACGGAGAGCUGAUGGUGGUUGGCACUGGACAGGGAAUGCUGCAUUUUAUCAACACACAGACCGGACAGGAAGUGAAAUCGCUGGUGAGCAGCUGUGACGGCAUCUCAAGCUGUGCCUUUCUUAAAGAUGGACGUCUUGCUACCACCUCCUUUGAUGGACGAAUAGAGAUUUGGGACGUCAAGAAUGGCUGCAGGAUUUCCCUUAUUGAUGCCCACACUAAUGUGAUAACAGCAAGCGAUAUCACUGCAGACAGGAAGCACCUUGCAACUGUGUCUCUGGACUUCAUGCUGAAAGUGUGGUCCUCUACUAAAGGUCAUGAGGUAGCGGCCCUGCCCAGCUCCAGCCCUUUGAACUGUGUGACCUUUGACCCUGAGGGUCACGUGCUGGCUGCUGGUUGCUGGAGUGGAAACGUGAUAGUGUGGAACUGGCUCCAGAAUAAAACCCUUACGUCCCUGUCCGGUCACCAGCACUCAGUGCGCAGUCUCUGCUUCUCUCCCUCCUCCCCCAUGCUUUGCUCUGGCUCUUUGUCUGGAGAGGUGAGGGUGUGGUCAGUUUCCACCUCCACCUGUGUGGGAUGUUUCCAGGCUCACUUCGGAGCCACGGAGUCUCUCACCUUCCUGGAUGAAGGACGCAUGCUGCUGAGCGCUGGCUCAGAUCACAUGCUCCGCCUCUGGUCAGGAGGACUUGGACGUUCAGUCACUACUUUUAAACGUGAAGAAUGCGAACUGGAGCCUCCUCAGAAGAAACGGAGGUCUCUAACGUCUGGACCUGCUGCUCUGUGUGUGGCUGUUAAUGGAGACUAUACUGCUGUGGGAUACCAUGGUGAUGGCGUCAAACUCUUCACUAUUGACUCAGGUAAUAAGAUCUGGGCCUCCCAGAACCUUGAUGUGUCCAUACUGUGCCUGCUGUGGGUCGUCCUGAAUGCAGAGCAGAGCGAACCUGAGCUGCUGGUGUCUGGAGGAAGUGACAAACGUCUGAGGGUCUGGAAGAGGGAAGGAGGAGAGGAGGGAAUGCUGGGAGGCCUGAAAAUGUUGGGAACGUUUGGUGUGCAAACAGGCGCCAUCCUGGCUUUGGCACAAAACUCCACAUACCUGGCUACAGCAUCAGAUGACUUCACCAUUGUUCUGUGGUUGCUGAGCGAACUGGCCCUUGACCCCCACAUUAAGCCUCAUGCAUAUCUGAGGGGCCACAGUGGAGGAGCCACCUGUCUGGCUUUCAGUCCUGAUGGUGAACAGCUGUUGUCCGGUGGAAAAGAUCAGGCCCUGAUGGUGUGGGAUGUGAGUGUGUCUCCUGCUGUUCUCUCCAAGUCUCUCCCUCACUCUCACAGAGACUGGAUCACCAGCUGUGUUUGGACUCCAGACUGUGUGAUUAGCUCUUCAAACGACGGGAGGCUUUGUUUAUGGGAUCUGCAGGCGGGCCAACGUCUCAGAGAAAUCUCCUGGAGGAGUCCUCUUACAUCUGUUUGCUGUGUGGGGCAGUAUGUGGUGGCUGGCUGUGCAGAGGGAGCGCUACACGUUUGGACCUGGGAAGCAAGCACAGAAAUCUGCCACAUUGCUGCACACAAGCAGCGUAUACACCACUGCUCUCUCCUACCAAAUACAAAUGAGAACAAAGAAGUCAACGCCGAAGACAUGACUGUUUUCACUGCGUCUGAUGAUGGCACAGUGCAGCUCUGGAAACCACUACAGGUGGAGCACUUCAGCACCUUACAUGGUCACAACGGUGCGAUAUGUGGAGUUGUUCGCAAAGAAGGACUCCCAGAAUUCCUCUCUGUUUCUGAAGACUGCUCACUGCGAUGCUGGACAUGGACAACAGGUAAUAUUUGGAGCAACAAUAUCAAAGUUUUGGGGAUGAUCCAUAACGACAAGAAGAGCAUGUGGGUCGUGGGCGAGUCAGAGGAAAGCAUUGCGAUUGGCUUCAUUUUUUUCAUGGGCCCCAAAUGGGAUCUCAGUUCAGCUUUCAGCAAACUACAGACCAACGAUGAGGAGAAGUGGAGUCUGAUUACAGCUGUAACUGUGGACAAAGACUUUGUUGUGUCUGGAGACGUGAGGGGCAACAUGUGGUUCCUCCAGCUUACAGGGGAUGUCUCAUGGAGCAGCAGAAAACCUGCCCACAAAGACAGGAUCAGCGUGUUGAGACUCACUGACCACACCAUCAUAUCAGCCUCCUAUGAUAGGACGGUGAAGCUGUGGGACAGAAACACCAAGAAACAGAUCGGUAUGUUUGUGUGUGGAGGUCCCAUUCUUGAACUGGAGGUGAACCCUGGAAAACCCACUGAGCUGGUUUGUGGUGACGGACAAGGAAAACUCUACUUUCUCUCCUGGAAAGAAUAAUCCUAAACAUAUAUAUAUAUAUAUUACAUGCCAAAGAUUGCUAGAAAUGUUUUGGGUAAACCUCUAUAUAAAAGCUGCUAAGUCGUGUUUACAUGUGCCUUUUAAUUUAGAUGGGGAAAAAACAUGUCACAACAAAUGACUGUUCGUUAUAAUUAUUUGAACUGAAUUAUUAAUUUAAUUAGAAAAUUGUAUUGGAAGGGAAAUAGGAAUGUGGGAUAUGAAAUACUUGAAGUGGAAAAAUCAGUGCAAUAACUAUAAGUGAUCUUUUCUUUGGAAAUAAAUUGUGUUCGUAUCAGCA